AUGUCGACCACCUCGUCGAAGCGGACAGCCUACUCGCUCGUCGGCGCCUUGAUCGCCCUCGUCGUCCUCUCGUCGACCGUGCACCGGUGGAACAGCGGUGGAGACUCGCACCUGGACAGGCUGAACCCGACUGUCUUCUUGCGCGACCCGACCAACUCGCUCAGCUACCGCAACCACCUCGAACGGACAACCUCACCCUCGUCGCAGAUCACGCACUCGCCGACGCUCACGUUCGACCACAUCUAUGUCCUCUCGCUCCCGACACGGCAGGACAGGCGCGAGCAGAUGGAGGAACUGGCGAAAGCGCACGGGCUGAGGAUCACUUUCGUCGACGCGGUGAACAAGAAAGAGCCGUUCAUUCGGUGGAUCGCAGAGAGGGCCGUCGAGGUGCGGGCAGAGCGGUUAGAAAUCAUGGCCCGCGCACGCAAAGUCGACGUCUCGACACUCGGCGGCCUGCAUAUCGGGAACGACUGGCUCGUCCAAACUCCCUCUCCCGACUCCCCUCGACCCUUCCCACCACGCAACGACCCGCGCUACGCCUCGCACGGCGGAAACUGGGUCGAAUACCUCGAGGCGCACGCAUCAGCGGGCACGCUCGACCAACUCGUGCCUUCCGACCCGCAACUGAACGUUACGGCGGCGCUAUGGGACCCGAACGAGCGAAUUGCAGGGAGGCAGGUCAAUGAGGGUGUCAUCUCGACGUUCUGGGGACACACGAGGGCGAUAAAGAUGAUCCUCGAGAAUGGAGACCGGAGCGCGCUUGUGCUCGAGGACGAUGUCGAUGUCGAAUGGGAUUUGGAGCGGCUGUGGAGUCGGAUAGAGCGGCGACUACCGGAAGAUUGGGAGUCGGCGUUCUUGGGUCAUUGCUGGGGCAAGGAGCUGCUGAAACCGCAAUACCUGCAUCCAAACUUGCACCGCUCCUCGAUCCCGCUCUGCCUGCACGCCUACGCCCUCUCCUCCGCCGGCGCCUCGCACGCCCUCUCCCUCCUCCUCAACCCCUGGACCGCCUACCAAACCGCCGUCGACACGGCCUUCCCCUCCUUCAUCUCCUUCAAACUGCUCAAUUCCUUCUCGGUCGACCCGCCCUUCAUUAUCCAGCGUAAAGACGGGCCGAGCGAUAUCCAGCAGGGAGUGGGGAGCAAGUGGAGAGGGUUGUUGAUGGAUUCGACGGUGGAGAGGAUUAGAAGGGCGAAGGGCUUGGAGGUGUGGGAGGAUAUGUACGAUGAGAACAACCUUGACCCGGCGACGGUCUUCCGCUACGGCACAACGCGGAAAUGCCACUAG